UGUCGAUUGCGGCGACGAGGAUUUGCAGGGCGCAGAUCCCUCCCCAGGAUCUGUCUGACUGCUCCUCCGUUUCUUAUCCCUCCUGCUCGCGCUUUGCCUCCCUCCGGAUUGUGGUCCUGCUUCUUCUUUGCAGUUGACCAUGCGCCUCUUAUCUGCUCUGAAUUUCACUGCAGCGACGGAGACCGCCAUUUGGUCCAGCCCCGAGGAUGCGGCUGCUGCACCGCGCGCGCGGGAGCAUAAUCGCCGUCCACCCCUGCUGCUGCCCCUUUUGAGUGUCUCGGACCUGACCAGUUCCCUUCGGCUUUGAUCCUCAUAUUCAGUCGCUGAUCGUAGCCUUUGACGCACUUCCCCCUCGUGGUUAGUCGACGUCUCGGGGGGUUUUUUUGAAUUUAGGGCUUCGUUUUCUAGGUGUUGGGAGUCUCGAAGGUGAAGAAUUCUCUGAAUGGCGGUUGAUUUGGUUCAAAUUGUACAAGGUCCUGGUGCUGGUUGACGUUGUGGGAACAAGCAUCUUUCGAGGGGAUAGCUUUGUGAAAUUGGCAGCGGGAAAUUUCUGGCUCCCUUUGUGUGGCCCUUGCUGGAUUCCGCUCGUCUGUGUCAGUCGGUACUGAUGAAGCGGCUCGUAUUAUACUUAAAUUUCGCGUAAGGUGAUUCCGGUCUCUGUCUCUUGAAUACGAGGUUUAGUCUCGGAAAUUUUCAAUUUCUCUCUGUCGGCACCGCAUGCUGGUAAAUUUGUCCGGGUAGUGUUUAUUCUCGUCUCGAACAUCUUUCCUGAACAUCGACAUGGCCAUCUCAAAUCCGCAUUUCAGCACCCUGGGGUUGGCCAGCCCUAUCUGCGAAUCCUCUAGAAAAAAAUCUCCUCUCUCUUGCUCAUUCUCUAAGACAAUCGCUCAUCUUCCUCAGCAGCUUUGUGCCGCAACUUUUCAGCUUCAGAGUUUUGAGGGGAAUAGCAUCCAUACUCGAGCUUGCGACAGGGGAGCUCGAGCAGCGGUUGCUGCUGACACCUCACCGAUUUCAACCAAAGGCGUCUCUGGAACUGAGGAAUACGAUGCCAUUGUUAUAGGCUCUGGCAUUGGGGGCCUUGUUGCCGCUACUCAAUUGGCAGUUCGAGGGGCUCGGGUCGUCCUUCUGGAGAAAUACGUCGUCCCAGGUGGGAGCUCCAGUUACUUUCAAAGGGAUGGCUACACUUUCGAUGUAGGUUCCUCUGUGAUGUUUGGGUUCAGCGACAAAGGCUCCAUUAAUUUGGUAACAAAAUCCCUGGCAGCCGUCGGACGUUCAUUGGAAUUGAUCGAGGAUCCAGUGACAGUGCACUACCACCUCCCUGGUGAUUUGUCCGUGCAAGUGCACCGGGAGUAUGACAAGUUCCUCGUGGAGCUCAUUAGCCGGUUCCCUCACGAGGAGGUCGGUAUCCGCGCCUUCUACGAUGUAGCCUGGCAGGUGUUUAAUUCCUUGAAUGCGUUGGAGCUCAAAUCUUUAGAGGAGCCUCUGUAUCUAUUCGGACAGUUCUUCAAGAACCCCGUCGCUUGCUUGACGCUCGCGUAUUACCUACCUCAGAAUGCAGGUGACAUAGCCAGGAAAUACAUGAAGGACCCCAACCUGUUGGCUUUCAUAGACGCCGAGUGCUUCAUUGUGAGCACUGUGGACGCCUGCCGGACGCCCAUGAUCAAUGCCAGUAUGGUAAUGUGCGACAGACAUUACGGAGGUAUCAACUACCCGAAAGGAGGAGUGGGGCGGAUUGCACUGGAGCUUGCAGAUGGCCUCGUGGAGCAUGGUGGCCAUUUGAAGUACAAAGCCAAUGUGACGCAAAUUCUUAUGAAGGACGGGAAGGCAGUAGGAGUGCAGUUGUCCAACGGGGAAACGCUCUAUGCGAAAACAGUUAUCUCGAAUGCUACGAGAUGGGACACUUUUCAGAAAUUGCUGAAGGCUGAGGAUAUGCCGCAGGAGGAAAAGAAUUUCCAGAAGUUGUAUCGGAAGUCGCCUUCUUUCUUAUCUAUUCACAUGGGCGUGAAGGCCGAGGUUCUGCCUCAUGGUACCGAAUGCCACCACCUAGUACUCGAGGAUGAGUGGUUGAAGCUGGAGGAGCCGUAUCAAACCAUCUUUUUGAGCAUUCCAACCGUUCUAGAUACCUCCCUUGCGCCGCCUGGGCGCCAUAUCCUUCACAUUUUUACAACGGCAUGGAUUGACGACUGGCAGGGCUUGUCUCCGGCUGAUUAUGAAGCGAAGAAGGAGGCAGUCGCUGACAAGAUUGUGAGCAGAUUAGAGGCCACUCUAUUUCCGGGUCUCAAGGAUGCUACGACGUUUCGUGAGGUUGGCACUCCGAAAACACAUCGGCGGUAUUUGGCGAGGGAUGACGGUACUUAUGGGCCCAUUCCAGCUGGGAAGCCCAAGGGAUUGCUUGGUAUGCCUUUCAACACCACGGCUGUAGAGGGACUGUACUGCGUAGGCGACAGUUGCUUCCCAGGUCAGGGUGUCAUUGCUGUCGCGUUCUCCGGCACUAUGUGUGCUCAUCGUGUUGCUGCAGAUCUUGGUUUUGAGAAGAGGAAUGCCGUCCUGGACAAGGGACUGAGCUCUCUCUUAGCCUGGUUCCGGACGUUAGCGUAGAGUUUCUUAUCUUAAGCCCAUCAGGUGAGGGUUUUCUGAACUGCAUCAAGGAGGUUUAGGGUUUAGAGUUAUAUUUCUGGUCGGAAUCAAAAAAAAUUGCAUUCCAUGUAUAUUAGCAUCAAUGGAAUCGAAUGGGGCCUUGGACUGAGAGUGCCAGUGUUGCGUGCACGGAUCCUUCCCAACGAUGGAGUUGUGGUUCGAAUGCUUCAUUGGUAGGUGAGCUACGUCUGCCUAUUAGAAGCUGGAGCAUUUUGCAGUGUCUUAAGAUUGGUACAUGUGGUACCAUGCUGAAUGAAAUGGCCUGUUCUGUUUAUACCA